AUGCCGACCGAGCGGAACAAGAAGAAAACCCAAGAACACCAACCAACGACCAACAAGAAACUCACGGAAAGGAUGUUCAAGAUCAGGAUAGCCACCAGCUGCUUCCCAUCACCACAUCCCAGAACAUUACUCACUCAAACGUCAAUCAAAUUCAAGAUCCACAGUCGAUUUGCCAGCUCAUCAGUACCAAAACCCUCAAAAACUUCUGUGGGGACUGAAGCACCAAAACCAUUCUAUGUCUCUACUCCAAUAUUCUAUGUCAACUCUGUUCCCCAUAUUGGCCAUCUUCACUCAAUGGUCAUUGCCGAUGUCCUAGGACGAUAUAAUCAAUUGAAAACAGAUACACCAUCCUUCAUGCUCACCGGUACAGAUGAACACGGAUCCAAGGUUCAACGUGCUGCAGAAAAUAAUCGGCAAUCACCUCAAGAGCUCUGCGAAGCCGUCUCGGAUCGAUUUCGACAAUUGGCUCGAGCGGCAAACGUCAAAUAUGAUGACUUUAUCCGGACAACCGAACCUCGUCAUCAUCGAGCGGCACAGCACCUUUGGAAUACCUUGUCGGAAAAUGGACAUAUUUAUAAAGGCAAAUAUGAAGGUUGGUAUUCGGUGUCAGAUGAAACCUAUUACUCAUCUACCCAAGUCGAAAAAAAACUGGAUCCAGUAACUGGACUGGAAAGAAUGACCUCAAUCGAAACCAAAAAACCAGUGGAAUGGAUCGAAGAAGAAAAUUACAUGUUUAGAUUGAGUGGAUUUCAGCAAGCAUUAAUUGACUGGUUGGACAAUAAUCCAAACGCACUUAUAUCCUCUCAACGCUCUGACAUCAUGCACCAACUCAAGUCCCACGAUCUUGCCGACUUGUCGAUCUCCAGACCCACUUCCCGGCUCUCCUGGGGGAUCCCUGUUCCUGGAGACCCCAAUCAAAUCAUGUAUGUCUGGCUGGACGCUUUGUCGAAUUAUCUGACGGCUACUGGAUACCCUUGGUCUGGAAAAGAGCCUGCCAUAUGGCCGGCCAAUGUCCACGUUAUAGGCAAGGAUAUCAUUAAAUUCCAUGCCAUCUAUUGGCCGGCCAUAUUGAUGGCUGCUGGGAUUCCUUUACCCAAACACAUUAUUGCUCAUGGACAUUGGAAAAUUGACGAGGAGAAAAUGUCCAAGUCGAUCGGAAACGUGGUUGAUCCAUUCAAAGCUAUGGACGAAUGGGGUGUUGACGGUGUUCGAUAUUAUCUCAUGCGUGCUCCUGGAUCAUUGUGGGGCGACUCAGAUUGGGCCCCCAAUCGAUUAGAUGAACAUUAUCGGAAGGAUCUUUUAGGUCAAUUGGGCAAUCUUCUGGCGCGGAUCUCGGCGCCUAAAUUGUGGAAUAGACUCCCUCCUGGAAGACGCUCUGGCGCUAGUAUUCUUUUUCCACCUGGAUCAAAAACAGAGAUUGAAGGAGCCGAUUCGCUCCAAAGACUUCUUCUCCAACUACCCGGUGAAUUGGAUGGACACAUGAAAUCGUUUGAAAUCCCAAAGGCAUUAAAAUCAAUUUUUGAUGUACUAGCAGGCGCAAACCGACUGAUACAAGACACAGCGCCAUGGCACGAGUCAACGACGCCAGACGAUGCAUAUCAAGCGAUCCAUCUAUCUGCCGAAGCGCUAAGGAUCUCUGGGAUCCUUCUCCAGCCGUUCAUUCCCGCCAAGGCUGCCCAGUUGUUGGACUCCCUCGGCGUGGCUCAAGACGGCCGGACGUGGUCGCAUUUGGCCCUCGGACUUGGCACCGGCUCUGUCGUGCGGGAGGGCGGCGGUGGUUUGUUGUUUCCUCAGCUUCGGCCUUCCAAGUAGCACUCUCCCCUCUUUCCUUUGUACUUGGUACCCCAUCUUCGGUCGCUUGGAAAACUGGACUAGUCGGAAACAGAUGCAAAUAUCAUACCACUAGAAAAUAUGUAGAAAUGAAAUCUACAAUACCC